AUGACAGAGACCGAACAGAGAGAGGUUAUAGCAGCGCGAGGACGCGCUAAAGGCUCAAUUACACGUUUAAAAAACAACUUGGACCGAGAAGCGCUCUUAAAUUCGCCGAUAGAGUUAGCGUUAGCAAAAAAAACUAGACUUCUAGAGGCCUUUUGUGAAUAUGAGCGUCUUACUAGCAAGGUUGUCUCGCUUUUUUCCUCCCCGCCAGCUACUCUCGCCACCGAUGAUGAGGAGGUUGAAGAGAACUACAUUUCUUUAGUAGCGCAGUUAGAUAGCAUCAUAAAUGUUAUCCGCCUAAGGGAUGAUCCUCCUCAAGUGAACGCUACCAACAGCAGCGCAGGAGUAAGUGUCAAGUCGGAGAACCUCAAACUGCCUCGGGUCGUGAUAAAAACAUUCACAGUUGUAAAACAGCAUCUUGCUACUCUAAAAAACCUGGGGGAGCCUGUGGACAAGUGGGAUGCUAUAAUCAUCUGCAUCCUCUCGAAGAAAAUCGACCUCCCUACGUACAGGGCAUUCCAACUGGAACGUAACAAUAAUGUGUCUCCCACGGUAAAGGAAUUCCUAGGUUACGUGGAAAAACGUGCCCUAGCAUUUGAAAACACUGACGUGCAGAAGGGGCCUUCGCAGAGCUUUGUCAGCCAUCCUGUAGCUGCACAAGCAAAGCCGCCAGCGCAUCAGCCUCAGCUGCAAUGUUCAUACUGUAAGUCUGCACACAGAAUAUAUAAUUGCCCGAGUUUUAAAUUAGCUUCUCCUCAAAAACGUAUAGAGUUCGCUUCAACUAACAACUUGUGUAAAAUUUGUUUGUUGCAACACAAGCGCAAAUGUAAAUUUCAUUUUCGGUGUGAGGUGUGCAAGCUAACAGUUUGUUGCAUCAAGACGAAUCUCCUACUCCUGUAGCUUUGUCUGCAACAUCGAAUCUAACCCAUAUACUCUUGCCUUCAGCUCGUGUCAAACUAAUCACAAAGUCAGGGUUAGUUAUAUAUUGCAAGGCUUUAUUAGAUGGUUGUUCACAAGCAUCCUUUAUAACACAAAAGAUUGCAGACUUAUUGAAAUUGCCAAUGCAAAAUGCUAGGUCUGAAAUUACUGGCAUCAAGAAUGCUAAGCAUGCGAUGGAUAAAUGCAUAAACCUUGACGUGCAUUCUGCUGUUUAUCCAUUCAAAGUAAAUGUCACUUGCCAUAUUGUUGAUAAAAUAACAGCAAGAUUGCCACAAAUUCCUAUUGACAUCUCGCACAUCGCAUUGCCUACUAAUUUUAAAUUGGCCGAUGAAGACUUUAAUAAGCCUGGUGAUGUGGAUUUGUUGCUAGAUGCUGGCAUUUUCUUUCAGAUUCUCCUGCCGCAAAUGAAGCUCAAUAAUGGAGAGCAAGCAACUAAACAGCCUAUCGUGACUGCGGGCACUGCAAGUACUCCGGCACCGAGCUUUACAACCUCGAGCGCUGCAGCUUCGAGUAAUUCAGUAGCAUGCGCCGCUACGUCACAAGGACCUACGCUAGUGCAGACACCAUUUGGCGUAAUUAUCGCUGGCCGCACGCAGCUACCUGCAAGAAAUUCUAAUCAGGUAUCUUUGUUUUGUAGUGAAUGCGAUGACAAUUUAAGCGAACAGUUAAGUGCAUUUUGGGAAACUGAAAAAGUACCUGAAAUUUUCCCAGAAAAAUUACCAGAGCAAGAUUACUGUGAAAAGCUUUUUAGGGAAACCACAAAGCUUGUGGAUAAUAAAUAUGAGGUCUCACUGCCCACCAAGGUCCCUUUAGAGCAAAUUAACUCUGAGUUAGGGGAAUCUUUUCACUUAGCACUCAAUAGGUUUCUUAAUCUAGAAAAGAGGUUGCAUAUGCCAAAAAAUCAAGCUCUUUUCACUGAAUACAAAAAAUUUAUUAACCAAUAUGUUGAUUUAAAGCAUGGAGAGUACAUUGACAUAAAUAAAUAUGAUUUGACUAAAGAUCCUGUG